AGGUAUAAUUUAAACACGUAAUUUCAAUUCGAAUACCUAUUAUAAAUCGUUGAAUCUAAAUAAAUAUAUGAUUUACCUACACAAAUAAUGUUUGAUGUAUCUAUAUAAUAUUGUAGUACAUUAAUAUUAUAUUGUGUGUAUAAAUUGUAUAUUACAUUUAGUACUUUACAAUUCUCCAAAACAUAAAAUAUAAUUUUGUCCUUGUUUAUAAGCAUGAUGCAGUUUAUAAAAGGUUUUAAAAAUAUUCAACGAACACGAACUGUCGCUCAUACAAAUAAAUUGCAUUUUUUAAAGUAUUAUCACGAUCACGGUACUGACAAAGAAUCUGAUUGUGCUGAACAGUGUUUACUCGAGUGUUCUCAAUUGAAUCUAUGCCCCGACGAAUGUCAAACUGUCUCCGACAAAUGUCAAAUUGACCCCGACAAAUGUCAAACUGUCUCCGACAAAUGUCAAAUUGACCCCGACGAAUGUCAAACUGUCUCCGACAAAUGUCAAAUUGAACCCGACGAAUGUCAAACUGUCUCCGAUAAAUGUCAAACUGAAAUCAGUAAUGAAAAAUGUGGUAGAUAUAACAAGUACUCGUUUCAUGACUUUUUGAUUCAAAGUGUUACUUAUAUAGAAACACAGCCUUCUAAUAAAGAGUUCUUUGAACCAAAAGGUACACUUGAUAAACAAAUUAAAAUGGACAAUAAAACAAAAUAAUUGAGUUAAAAUAAAAUUAUGCUUAUAAACAA